GUAAAUCAUUCAGUUUAUUUUCGCACGCCUACAGCUAAAAUUUAGUAUCAAGUCCAUGUAAUCGGCGUGCCUGGAAGGAUUGUGUUUCCAAUUCAAAUACACAUUCUGAUUAUUCUGGCGAUGUAUUUACCGUUUUGCAAUUACAGGCAAUCCAGCCCACGCUAGGUAAAUGCCCUACCACUGAGCUACAUACAUCCCUAGCUGCUUUUAAAUUCUUAGGCGGUUAAGAUUCCUAAAAUCACAUUUGUCGGUGGGUAUUACUCUGGUGCAAUGCCCAUUUGAUGUGCCACUUUCCUAAACAAUGGCUCUCAAACUUUAGGUACAAGAGACUCAACUGUGUUGCUUAAAAAACAGAUUCGCAGCCCCUUCCACCAGUGCUUAACACAGUGGCUCUAGGACGGGCCAGGGACGUGCAAGUUAAAUUUGGGAGGUCCCAGAUGCAGUAGUCUGUAAUCCCAGCACUUGGGGCGCUAAGGCUGGAGGGUCGGGAGUGCAAAGUCAGCUUGGGCUACAUAGUGAGAUCCUGUUUCAUAAAACCAAACCGACAAAGCAAAAAACUCGGGAAGUUCCCUCGGUAUUAUUUUAAUGCCAAGUGCCACAGCCUCCUGGUACAUUUUAAGAAUGCAAACACCCCUUGGUGCAGGCCUGGAAAGCCACCUGAUAACUGGUACAAUCGAUCGACCUCCCGGUAAACAGGUGCACACAGAGCGUAGCGGUACUGCAAGGCGAAGCGUCAAGUCAGAAAAAUCCAGAAGAGGUCAGUGUACACGAAGCAGGGGGGGCGGAGACAGAACCGGAAUAGCCUUCCCCAAUCCAAUCUAGCUAGCUCCUUGGGCUCAAGGGGCAACGCGCAGACGCAGAGCGACCCAGCACGCCGCACUGCACGCCGGGAGUCGUGGUGGGGCCGAGAGCCUAGCGGAGACAGGCGCUCAGCCCCGCCCCACAGCCGUUCACUGCAUUUCUAAGCGGCGACCCUUGUCCCCGGAUGUGCGGCACAGACCUUCCCAGCUUGCAUCUCGCACGUCGGGCGACCUCCUCUUCCAGCCACGAAAGUCCACGCACGGGAUUCGAGGAUAACUUGAGGCCUAGCAGGACUCGCACGAGUCAGAGCCUCGGAGAAGCGAGGGUCGGACUGGAUGGGCUUCCCUCCGUCUCCGGGACGGCCCCGCCCCCGCCGCUGGUGCUGUUGGGAGUUGCAGUUCUGUGAGCUGUCGCGGUCCUCUCUGUCUUUCGCACACCUCUGCCACCAGCAAUGCUCUACGCCUCAGGCCGCUUUAUAGCGGCCCGGGCGGCCACCACGUUUCCCACUCCGCCCAAAGGCCGGGGCCCGGCGCUCCGCGGGAAGCGGAGGGAACUACAUAUCCCAGGGCACCUCGAGUCUCCCUCCUGUGACGCCCUAGCGGGCCAGCGGACCAGACCCAGCGCGCCUUUGGCCGGGAGGGUGAUCCUCAAGAGAGGGAGGAUGCCGCCGGCCAUCGGUGGCGGCCUGGCGGGCUCCGAGCUGCGUCCUCGGAAGGGCCGCUGCGGGUCACAGGCUGCCCGGGCCAGGGGCCGGGACGUGGUCCCCGAGGCUGCAACGCGGAGCCCCAAACGGCCUGCUCGGAGCUCGCCGCAGUUGGAGGCGGCCAGCCGGUGGGCCACGCUGGCCGUUGUGACGUUCCUAGCCUUCGCCACCCGCUUUCACCAACUGGACCAGCCGCCGCACAUCUGUUGGGAUGAGACUCACUUUGGGAAAAUGGGAAGUUACUAUAUCAACCGUACCUUUUUCUUUGAUGUGCACCCACCUCUGGGAAAGAUGCUGAUCGGUCUUGCUGGCUACCUGAGUGGAUAUGAUGGCACCUUUUUGUUCCAGAAGCCUGGGGACAAGUAUGAGCAUCACAGCUACAUGGGGAUGAGAGGAUUCUGUGCCUUCCUGGGUUCCUGGCUGAUCCCUUUUGCCUACCUCAUUGUACUGGAUCUGUCCAAGUCCUUCCCAGCAGCACUGCUCUCUGCUGCCCUUCUCACCUUUGACACGGGAUGCCUCACUCUGUCCCAGUACAUCCUCCUUGACCCCAUCCUGAUGUUCUUCAUCAUGGCUGCCAUGCUGAGCAUGGUCAAGUACAACUCCUGCGCUGACAGGCCUUUCUCUGCCCCAUGGUGGUUCUGGCUCAGCCUGACGGGCAUCAGUCUCGCUGGUGCUUUAGGGGUCAAGUUUGUUGGCCUCUUUAUCAUCCUACAAGUGGGGUUGAACACCAUUUCAGACCUCUGGCACUUGUUUGGAGACCUCAGUCUUUCACUGGUGACUGUGGGGAAGCACCUGACUGCUCGCAUCCUGUGCCUCAUAGUGCUGCCUCUGCUCCUCUAUGUGACCAUUUUUGCUGUUCAUAUCAUGGUGCUGAAUAAAAGUGGUCCUGGUGAUGGCUUCUUCAGUUCUGCCUUUCAAGCCCGGCUUUCAGGGAACAGCCUUCACAAUGCUUCCAUCCCUGAACACCUGGCCUACGGCUCUGUGAUCACUGUGAAGAAUCUUCGGAUGGCCAUCGGAUACCUGCACUCCCACAGGCACCUCUACCCUGAGGGCAUUGGUGCUCGCCAGCAGCAGGUCACCACCUAUUUGCAUAAGGACUACAACAAUCUGUGGAUUAUCAAGAAACAUAAUACAAACUCAGAUCCCAUUGACCCUUCAGUCCCAGUGGAGUUCGUCAGACAUGGAGACAUCAUUCGACUAGAACACAAAGAGACAUCUCGGAACUUGCACAGUCACUAUCAUGAGGCCCCCCUGACCCGGAAGCACUAUCAGGUUACUGGCUAUGGCAUAAAUGGGACAGGGGACUCAAACGAUUUUUGGCGAAUUGAGGUUGUAAACAGGAAACUUGGGAACCGGAUCAAAGUACUAAGAAGUCGAAUUCGCCUCAUCCAUUUGGUCACAGGUUGUGUCCUUGGAUCCUCAGGAAAGAUUCUGCCCAAGUGGGGCUGGGAACAGUUGGAAGUUACUUGUACACCAUACCUCAAGGAAACUGCCAACUCCAUCUGGAAUGUGGAGGACCAUAUCAAUCCCAAACUGCCAAACAUCAGCCUGGAUGUGCUGCAGCCUAGUUUUCCUGAGAUCUUGCUGGAGUCUCACAUGGUCAUGAUCCGGGGAAACAAUGGCCUCAAACCCAAGGACAAUGAGUUCACAUCCAAACCCUGGCACUGGCCUAUCAACUAUCAGGGCCUGCGCUUCUCAGGGGCCAAUGACACAGACUUCCGAGUCUAUCUGCUCGGCAACCCAGUGGUCUGGUGGCUAAAUCUGGUGAGCAUCGCCCUCUACCUCCUCUUAGGGAGCACCCUUGCUAUCGUCAUGCAGAGAGGGGUACAGCUACCUGCAGAGCUGGAAGGGCUAACACAGGUGCUGCUGCGAGGAGGUGGCCAGCUGCUGCUGGGCUGGAUGCUCCAUUACUUCCCAUUCUUCCUAAUGGGCCGGAUCCUCUACUUCCAUCACUACUUCCCCGCCAUGCUCUUCUCCAGCAUGUUGACAGGCAUCCUUUGGGAUACCCUCCUGCGACUCUGUGCUUGGGGCUUGGCCUCCUCUCCCUUGGCCAGCAGUAUACACUCCGUGGGAAUCCUGAGCCUGCUCCUGGGAACUGCCUACAGUUUCUACCUCUUUCACCCUCUGGCUUAUGGGAUGGUUGGUCCCCUAGCCCAGGAACCAGAGAGUCCAAUGUCAGGACUAAGGUGGCUGGAAUCAUGGGACUUUUGAGGCCAUUGCCAAGAUCCCAGCCUGGAUCCAGAAGUUGUCCAGGGACAUUCAGCUAUGGAGCCAGACCCUGGACCCUUCCAGCUCUAGGGGAGCUGCCUGAGGAGCCCAAAACAUUCUCCUGCCUCCAAGACCAAACUCUAGAAGCAAACCUGGAUUUAACUCAACACUAAAGAACCACAGUCCUGUCUGAGGCACUUCCAGAGGACACUACCUACAGCACCACUCGGGGCCAGUUCCCUGAGGGUGCAACACAAGGAAAGCAGGUGUGAGUGUAGGAGGGUACAUUUGUCUGAUCCCCUGUAGAAUGUAGACUGUGUAGCUGUGGACAGCUAAGUGUCAUAAACUCUUCAGAAAUGGUCCAAGGUUACAGUAA